AUGGCUGCCCACCUCCGCAGCGACGUGUCCGAUGACAGCCUCACAAUAAUGUUCGAGCACUGCACCGCGCGGUCGCAUUAUUCGGACGCGUCUUCGGGCAGGUCGUCGCCAUCCCAAUCGUCUGCGCCACAUACCCCCACCGACCAGCUCUCGAGCUACCCACUCGAGGAUGCCUCCGAGGACAGCUGGAACCUCAUCCCCUACGAUGUGCCAUGGGGCCCGGAGUACUACCGCUACCGGACGGGUACCCUUCCGGGACCUGCAGGCGCGUGCCUCUUCCUUCGCUCCCCCACCCCCCUCAAGAACCGGCGCACCCAGAAGGCGUGCAACAAAUGCCGCCAGCGCAAGGCCAAGUGCACCGGCACUCGCCCCACCUGCAGCCGCUGCGCUGCUCGCGGCUACAUCUGCGAGUAUGUAGAGGAAGAAAAGCGCCCCGCCCACAACGUGGGUCGUUCCGGUACCCGCCAGGCCCGCGAGCGGCGCGAUCCGUCUGAGGAGCUGUCAGACGAUGCAGAGUACUCCUCCGCUGAGGGUGACUCACCCUCUCCCUGCGCGCCACAACUCUUCGCGCCGAGGCCCCUCAAACUCGAGGAACCCGACUACGCCACACCCGACCUCAUGUACCAGGACAGCGCCGACACGUCCGACACGGCUUCCUCGUCCGCGGAAUACUGCUCGCCGUGGGAGGACGCCACCUACCACGCCGAGGCCCCGUACGUGUACAACAGCCCCGCUGAGUCCUUCGGCGAGCCCCGCGUCGGGGAAUACUUCGAGUCGCCGGUGUACGUCGCCGACGCCGACAUGGCCCCGUACCACGCGCAGCCCGCGUACUUCGCCCAGGGCUCCUCCCAGCACGCGGCCGCCGCGGUGCACGCUCCCCGGCCUGUGCGCUGCACAGGGUCGCCAUCGUUCCUCUCGCCCCAGGCGCAGCAUGCGACGCUAGCUUCUUCGUGCGAAGCUCCCAUGUUCGCGCAUGACUCGGACAUGCUGAUCAACAUGUCGCCCGCCGCCGAGCCCUCGUCGCAGAUCGCCAUCCCCCAGCUUCCAUCAAUGCAGUCCGCAGAGCUCGCUGCCGUACACGGCGGCGCUGUCGGAUACGCCCACCCGCAAGAGAUGUAUUACUACCCGGCGCCGAUGCCCCAAUACCCGUUCCUGCAGUACCAGUACGCGGUGCCUGCGUACAUGCCCGCGCCGCAGGAACACCUCGAGCCGACGAUGUUGUAUACCAUGGUUCAAGUCCCUACGGGCAUGGCGUCGUAGAUGGCGUCACGCCGUUGCCCGCCGGGUCCUGCAUACCCCCAUUCGCGAAGACGCCGCUCGUUUCCCGGGCUCGCCUGACAAACGGAGCCUUCUUCGCAUCCGCACACACCAUCGCGCCGGCUAGGACUUCUUCCCUCCAUUGAUUAGGAUGUGGCGCCGGCGGUCGUGUCUCUGUUUUAUCUGGUCUUCUCGGACUCCUCCCCGCUUCGCACGUACGCACGAUACCAGCCCCUGGCCUCGUGCGGUGUUCGACUGUCAAACCACUAGUGUUACAUGUAUCCUUAUUGUCCGCACUCGCUUCGCUUUCGCACGCUGCUCUCUCCUCUCUCUCCUCCCGCCGAUACGGAUUAUAUCCUGAUAGUCAUCUACGUGUACAUACUCUCGGGAUUGUUGUCUGUAACAACGUCUAAACAUAAUGCGUAUGCGCUCU